AUGAAGUUUUUCUGGGAAGAACAAAUGAAACUUCUCCAGUCUUCCAGCUCUGGUAGAAGAUAUCAUCCACAAAUCAUUCGGUUUGCCCUAUCUCUACAUGGAAAGUCACCAUCCGCCUAUAGAGAGCUCCGGGAAAGUGGUGCUUUGGUGUUACCUAGUGAAAGGAUACUACGUGACUAUAAGAACUAUUUUCCCCCAAAGGCAGGAAUAAAUAAAGAGAAUGUUGAUGCUUUGCGAAAAAAAGCUGCUUCGUUUACUGGAAAUCAACGUUAUGUCACGCUUGUCAUGGAUGAAAUGAAAAUCCAAUCGGAACUUGUGUUUGAUAAGAACACUGGUGACUUAGUUAGGUUUAUGGAUCUAGGUGACCCCAUGACAAAUUUUGCUUGCCUUGAUGAAAAAGAUACCAUCGCCACCCAUGCUUUGGCAUUUCUUGUUAGAGGUUUGUGCACUGAUGUAAAACACAUCAUUGCAUAUUUCUUUACAGGAAAUGUCACUUCAUACCAGUUGAUGCCAAUUUUUUGGAAAGUGGUUUCCACCUUGGAACUGUCUUUGGAUCUUUGGGUGGUUGCUCUGGUCAAUGAUGGUGCCUCGCCUAACAGAAAGUUAUUCAAUCUGCAUGUUAAGUUGUCUGUUGAUCAAUGUGAUGUGGUACAUAAGACAAUCAAUCUCUUUGCACCAUCGCGCUUCAUAUACUUCUUCGCAGAUGUACCACAUUUAAUGAAGACCGCGAGGAACUGUCUAUACAACUCUGGCUCAGGUUCACGCAGUCGUCUGAUGUGGAAUGAUGGCCAAUAUCUGUUGUUUAAACACAUAGCAGAUAUUUUUUACCAGGAUCAAGCUGUUGCCUUGCAUGUGCUUCCAAAAUUAACCUUGGAGCACAUUGUUCUGACAUCUUUUAGCAAGAUGAAGGUGAAACUGGCAACUCAACUACUUAGUCGGUCAGUUGCCCAAGCAUUAGAGGAAAGUGAAAACAGUGAGGUUUUGGGGACUGCCGAAUUCUGUAGAAUGAUGAACGACUUUUUCGAUUGCACCAAUGUGAGAUCACUUCACGAGCAUGAGAGAAAGCCAAAUGAUCUGGUCAAACCAUACACUGCCGUUGAUGACCACCGGUUUGGAUGGUUACGUGAUGUCUUUUUAAAGUACCUGGAGAAUUGGAAGAAGUCCACUCUUGAAAGGGUCGGUCAUUAUUCACCAGAUGAUAGAGGAAGAAUGUUUCUUUCAUCUCAAACCUAUGAAGGUCUUCAAAUUGCAGUUCAUUCCCAUAUUGAGGCUAUCCAGUUUCUACUUCAGCAAGGGUUUAGGUACGUCCUGAGUGAAAGAUUCAUGCAGGAUGUGCUGGAAGAUUACUUUGGCCAUCAGCGUGCUAAAGGUGGUAGAGCUGACAACCCAAGUGCAUAUGAAUUCGGGUACAAUGAUUUGACAAUCGCGGCACAACGAGACAUUGCCCCAGUUGUAAGAGGAAAUGUGGGUGGUCGAUAUGGAACAACAAAAUGGCACACUGUGAGUGAUGAGCCAGUAGAAAAGAGAAAGAAAAAGAAAUAA